GUUGACGCCUUUACUGGUUUAAAGGCGUCAAAAUGGCAACCAAAAAAAGGCACUACAGCGAAGAGGAAAUUUUAAGGAGUAAAACUUCAGCCUUAAAGGCUGACGGUGAGUGGAAGUAUCGUAAAAGAAAUUAUAGACAAGCUCUCAACAGCUUUACUGCGGCCAUUGAGCUAAGUCCUAAGGAGAAGAAAUGCUUUGUGUCUCGAUCCAAGUGUUACAUUCAGUUGGGCCAGUUUAAAAAUGCUCUCAUAGAUGCUGAAGCGUCACUCGUCGAGGACCCAUUUUUUCCUGAGGGAGUGUACCAAAAAGCAGAAGCUUUAUAUUACAUAGGUGAAUUUGAAUUUGCCCUGGUUUUUUACCGCAGAGGACUAAAGCUUCGUCAUCAAAUGGUAGAGUGGAGGCUUGGGAUCCAUAAAGCAGAGGAGGCAUUAAUCGGCUCCGUUGGCAGUCGAUCCUUUAUCAAACCGGAAGUUAUGGGAGACCUGUCGUAUCUUGAAGAAGAGAUUGCCAGGAAGCAGCCCAUUGCUGUUGUUCAAAAUCUGACAAAAAAAGAUAGGAGUCCAGUGCCCAUGAAGAAUGAGAGGACCACCAGACUACUACUGGGAGGGUUUUACCAACACAAGGGAUUUCUAGAGAAGCUUCUGAAAGAUGAAGAUUUGAUUAAGGGAGUGACGAAGAAUGGAGAACGAGUGGAAGACCUCAUUAAGAACUGCAUCACGUCUCUAAAUCACUGCGCUGACUUCUGGAGCCAAGAGAAACCGAUUUCCCUCAAAGAAUUGAGUCGUCAGCCCAAACCGCCCAAACCAAGCUUAACCACUCGGAAGGCUCAGUAUCUCACAAGGAUCUUUGAUGAGAUAUCUCGUUGUCUGGCUGCAGGGAAUGCAAAAUUCAGUCUAAGGAAGACAGAGGACGUAAUCAAGACGGUUCAAGGAUUGUCAGAUAAAGAAUGCCUUAUUAAAGAUGAGAUGAUGUGCUUUCUGCAUAGUUGUUUGGGACAUGCUUUUUGUGACAUGGGAGACCUUGAUAAAGCAAUGGAGCAUCAUGAGGAUGACCUGAACUUGGCUAGACAGUGCAAUAUUCCAGAAGCAAUAUCCAGGGCUCUGGCCAACAUAGGUAGCAUCUAUGCAGAAACUAAACAGUUUGAAAAAGCCAUAGAGUUCUGGAAAGAGAGGAUUCCUUAUGUUCAUGAAGGUUUGGAGAAUACCUGGAUGCUGCAUGAAAUGGGCUGUUGUUAUCUAGAGCUCAAUUAUCCAGAAAAUGCCAGAGACUGUGGUCUACGUUCUAUUGCUGUGGCUGAGGAAAUGUUUGACGACAUGUGGCAGUUGAGAGCCAGCGUUUUGGUUGGACAGUGUGAAUUGAAACUGGGAAACUUUGAGUCAUCUGUAUCUUUCUUUGAGAAAGCUUUGAGCCUUGCUGAACUUGAGAAUGAUGACAUGGCACUGAGUGCUAUCCAAAAGGCACUUUAUAGAGCAAAGGAACAGCUGCAAAAACAGCAACAAUCCUCACAAAAUGAGAAAAAGGAAGAGGAGAAGGAGGAGGAGAAGGAGGAGGAGAAGGAGGAAGAUUCCAGUGAGCAACCAGAGAGAAUAGAAAAAUGAGGAAAGUGUGGUGAUUAUCGAACUGUUCUGGUCAUGUUGGGAACAAAGGGUUCACAAUCCCAUCAUCAAUAAUAAAGCUUCAUAAAGCACUGUAUACAGUGAGGAUAUCAGACUGAACACUGAGCAUCAUUCCUGAUUAAGAAGUGCUUAAAGGUUAAAUUGACCCCCUCCUCAUUUAGAUUUAUAGGGAUGUGCUCCUUACAUUGAUUUCUUUUUGUGUAAUAUCUCUGUAAAGUAUUGGAGAUUGUUGUCUAAAUAGAAAUGUCUGGGAGACAGAUACUGUUCUUUUCAUCAUUUGUAUUUUAAGUGACUUGGUUUGUUCUAGGUUUCCUUUUUGUUCCAUGAACAUUAGCAAAAGAAAAAAAAAAAGGUUUCAAGUAUAUUUUUCCCUUUAUUUCCAUUUUUGGUCUUAAGUAGAUAGAGCCAGGCAAAAUGAUCCACUGCUUGUGCCAGUUUUCCCCUCUGCUUUGAGAUAUGAAUGGUGUAAUUUACAUAAAUUAGAAUAGAAAUGCUUCUUAUUGUCUCUCACUAGGGGAAUUCAGUUGUACUGGCAUCAAAGUGACAGGGAAAUGGAAGCAUUGAGAUACAUAUAUCAAAUUAAUAAUGGUAGCUUGAUUCUAUGAUAUGUACAAACUGAGUGAACUCAUUAAAGAACUUUACAAACUGUAAUCUGUACAUUUGUGCAACAAUGACAGACUACUAACAAGAAUAUGGAAAAGUGUGCAAAUAAUUGUAGGAAUAUUUGUAGAAUCUUACAACUGCUGGGAGGAAGGAUCUGUGAUAAAACUUAUUUAUUUUUGUAAAAUAAAUAAGAGUUUAUUU